AUGGCGGCAAACAAGACGGUUAUCGUUCUCGCGCCAAACGGUCGCCGGCAGAAUGUAAAAGUUACGAUUAAUACGACGAUCCUGCAGGUUCUGGAAGAGGUAUGUCAGAAGCAGGGCUUCAACGUCGACGAUUAUGAUAUUAAACACAAUCGUCAGAUACUAGAUCCUAAUAUGAUAUUCCGCUUCACCGGUUUGCCGAAUAACGCUCAGUUGGAGAUGGUGGCCUGUACAAAAACUCGUAUCAUGUCGAAUGUUACAAUUGGCAUUCAACCGGAGGAUGGACAGAGAAUAUUGCGCGAGUUUUCGCCGGAUAUAACAUUGGCUCAAGCGUUGAUGGAAAUGUAUCCCGAUUCUGACCUUGAGAGAGCUGUGUUGAUCUACAUGCAUCGUGAAGUGUGUGGCAAAGAAGCGUUAGAGAAAACAACAUUAAAAUCGCUGGGACUCAAUAGCGGAAAAGCAAUAUUAAGAUUGAUAUAUCGUGAUCAUGAACAAUUAAAAACACAGGCACAUGUAUCUACGCCUUUGCUUCCAAAGUCAGUCGCGAAUGAUUCAUCGAGUGACCGAAGAGUGCCAUCAUGUUCACAAUGUAGUAAGACAAUAAAUGAAACAAUUAAUUUACCAACAGAAAGCACAUCAAAAAUAGAAAAUCAGGAAGAAUCGAGAAAUAAAGUGAAAAUAGAUACAAAAAAUGAAACAGUAGAUGCGCUUAGUAACAAAAAACAAGAGAAAGAUACAUUUAAGAUAGGAGAAAGUCAUCCCAUUGCAGCCAGUCAUGAAGAUCACGACAAAUCUGGGACAAAUCGGUAUAUUGCAGAAACAUGCGCAGAAGUCCAGGAAAACGCAUAUGAAAUUAAGUUUUUAGGAAAGAGAAAUGCUCUAGUGUUCAAUCAAGCUGGAACUCAGGCAUUGCCGAGGGAGGAAUUGCCGGAUAGCUUCUUCGACCUCGAUCUACACGACGCAAAGACGCUUUUACGAGAUGCUAAGCGUCGCAGAGAGCAACUCGAGGACGCUCCGCUUCAGACGGAGGUGCAGCGUCAGCUGGAUCAAAAUAAGCACAUUCUGGAUCGAUUGGUUAAAUAUCGUCGCGCCGUAAUUCGCAUACAAUUUCCCGACCAAUUCGUUCUUCAGGGUUUGUUUGAACCGCUAGAGACUAUCAAAGCUAUCAAGGACUUCAUCAAAAGCUAUUUGGAGAAUCCGGAUUGCGAAUUCACUAUCUAUACUAGCCCACCAAGGCAUAUUUUAAACCCCGAUGCACGACUAAUAGACGAAAAUCUUGUUCCCUCUGCUAUCGUUUAUUAUUCUGGACUAUCAUCGCUAAACUCGAAUGUAAAAGCACAACUGACAGAUCCUAGAGCCGCUGGUAUUGAAGCUGUGAAAUCUAGAAUAACCACGAUGCGGAAAGAACAAGAUCCAACGACUGAAAGUGAUAGAGGCACAGUUGUCGAGAGCAAUCAUGUCACUCCGGGACCGAGCGGUAGCGGCAAAUCAUCAUCACUAUCAACUCAGAAUCAAAACAAGACACCAAAAUGGUUCAAACAGACAUUUAAAUAAUCAAUUACCUAACAGCACCGAAAGAAGGUGGAUUUCUUAAAUUUUAAUAUAAAUGAUAGACUAUACGGAACUCUAUGAAGAUCAAUGUAUACUAGCACACAAACGCGUAUACAUGUCAUCAUAACGUAACAGUUCUUUUAACAAGUCUUAAUGAAAUAUACAAAUUCUGUACACAACAAACAUCCGUGUCUCUCAUUAUUCUAAUUGAAAUGUACAAAGCUCUUUACACAUAAGACUUUGAUGCUUAGUAAAAUAGUUACAAAAGUGGAAACAAAAUGCUACAUAUACAAAUAGUAGGAUUCUUAAUAUCUAGCUCUAUGGCCGCGAUAAUAAUAACAUCUUAUAUGU